AUGAUUCCAUAUAAGAACCAGAUGGCGAUGCCCUGGCAGACUCAAGCAUUAUUGGAUUUUCCGCUAUUUUCUGGUAUGUGCGCAUGGUUAUGUCACAUAGGUGUGGUGCUCCUCGACACCUUUGACUCUUCAGUAUUGCGAGCACAGACGUUUUAUACAAACGAUGUGGCGGCAGAUAAGGAAUGUAUCAUCAUCGAGCAGUCUAGAGGCAUCUCUCCGAUUCAGAAGUCGGCUAGUAUCGCCGCUAUUCAUUUCGGAAAUUCUUCGAGAGUGGUGCGAAUCUUGCAUGUGAUUCAUGAGAUGGAAGUCCCACUUUCGGUU